AUGGCUCGUACAAAGCAGACUGCUCAUAAAUCCACGGGUGAUAAAGCACCCAGGAAACAACUGGCUACAAAAGCCGCUCGCAAGAGUGCGCCCUCUACUGGAGGGGUGAAGAAACCUCAUCGUUACAGGCCUGGUACUGUGGCACUCCGUGAAAUCAGACGCUAUCAGAAAUCCACUGAACUUCUGAUCCGCAAACUCCCCUUCCAGCGUCUGGUGCAAGAAAUUGCUCAGGACUUCAAAACAGAUCUGUGCUUCCAGAGUGCAGCUAUUGGUGCUUUGCAGGAGGCAAGUGAGACCUAUCUGGUUGGCCUUUUUGAAGAUACCAACCUGAGACCGGACCAGACUGAUCUUGACCAAUUCAGACCGGACCAGACUGGUGUUAGCCGGUUCAGACUCGACCAGACCGGUUUAGAGUGGUCCAAACAGGACCAGACCAGUCUCAACCGAAACAGACUGGUCUGGUCUGGACCGAUCUGGUUGUGA